AUUGCCACGACCAUUCAAUUUCCUGCACGUGAUUUACCUUCUCUCUUUUUUUGUUAUUUUUUUGUUCAAAUUCGCAGCAAAGAUUUGUUUUUCAAAAGACCCAAGUACCCAGUUACAUUGUAUUUCUGUUUUUCUAAUUUCACAAGCAUACGGCUUAUGGGUGUCUGUUGGUGGUUGGCGGAUGGUGGGUGGUGACGUCGGAAUUAGUUUUCUAUAGCUUCCCAAGUUUUGUUUUCCUUGCUUAGUUUUAGCUUUUUUUAUUCAGCUACUUUUCAAUAUUCUUUUCCCUUUCCUUUGGGAAAUAUGGGUCUUUUCUUUACUGCAUUUCCAUUGGGGUUUCUUUUUCCUGCAUAAUUAAUAUAAUUAUAUUUGGCUUCAUGGGAUUGCUUCUCUGGAUGGUUUGUUGUGGGUUUUUUAUUUGACGAAGGAAUCUGAUUCUGCUAAUUACUUUGAGGCUGAAGCUGUUUUUUUUUGAGUGCUGUCCUGCAGAUUCUUCUUCUGCCUUUCCUUUUGAAUUAUAUAUGCAUCAUCCUGUUCUUCCUUGGAGCAAAAUUAAACACUCAGAAAAUCAGAGCCCAUGAAUGGAUUGGAGUGGGGAUAGAUAGAUUGGUUUUGUGGAGGGACAAGUUGAUCUUGACUUGAGGUUGACUUAAAAUGAAUGCGUUCUGGUUUUCUUUCGUGCUCUUUCUCCUUUUUGGAGAGUUUCAAAGAGAGCAUGCAAGAAAUGUUUCCUCAAGGCCACCUGUUGUAAAGAUUGGGGCAAUUUUUCAAUUCGACACUGCUAUUGGAAGAGUAGCCAAGAUUGCCAUUCCAGAAGCUGUUGAUGAUGUCAACUCCAACUCCAGCAUUCUUCAUGGGACCAAACUCUCUGUAACGAUGCAUGAUUCCAAUGGCAGUGGGUUUCUUGGCAUGAUUGAAGCUAUGCGAUAUAUGGAGGAUGAUGUUAUCGCCAUCAUAGGUCCACAAAGUUCUGUUGUUGCCCAUAGCAUAUCCCAUGUUGCAAAUGAACUCAAAGUCCCUUUACUAUCAUUUGCAGCUACAGAUCCUACUCUCACUUCCCUUCAGUUCCCCUUUUUUGUUAGGACAACACAGAGUGAUUUGCACCAAAUGGCUGCAGUGUCUGAGAUUGUCGACCAUUAUGGUUGGAAGGAAGUAACUGCCAUCUUUGUUGAUGAUGAUUAUGGGAGGAAUGGUGUUUCUGCAUUAAAUGAUAAACUUGCAGAAAGGCGCUGUAAAAUCUCCUACAAGGUGGGAAUUCCCCCUAAUUCUGAUGCAAGCCAUAAUGAAAUCAUGGAUCUUCUCGUUAAGGUCGCACUGAUGGAAUCUCGGGUCAUUGUUCUACAUGUAAAUGAUACAAUGGGCUUGAAGGUUUUUUCAGUGGCAAACUAUCUUGGAAUGAUGGGAAAUGGCUAUGUAUGGAUAGCUACAGAUUGGCUGUCCUCAGUUUUGGAUUCUGAUUCACCUCUCCCUUCUGCAACAAUGGAUACAAUUCAAGGAGUUCUUGUUCUACGCCAACACACUGUGCAAUCUGAUAGAAAGAAAACCUUCUUUUCAAGAUGGAACAAGAUAACUGGAGGUUCUCCAGGGUUGAAUUCUUAUGGGUUGUAUGCUUAUGAUUCUGUUUGGCUACUUGCUUAUGCUCUUGAUGCUUUUUUCAACCAGGGCGGGUCUAUUUCAUUUUCUAAUGAUUCUAGGAUACAGUCUCUGGGAGGCAGUACUCUCCAUCUCGAUGCAAUGAAUAUUUUUGAUGGUGGAAGUCUUUUGCUAAACAACAUAUUGCAGAGUGAUUUUGUUGGUUUGACAGGUCCUAUCAAAUUUGGUUCAGACAGAUCUCUUAUUCUUCCUGCAUAUGACAUCAUUAAUGUGAUAGGAACUGGAUUUAGAAGGAUUGGUUACUGGUCUAAUUAUUCUGGUUUAUCAACCAUACCUCCUGAGACACUUUAUGCAAUGCCACCAAAUCGUUCAAGAGCAAGCCAAAAACUAUACAGUGUUAUAUGGCCUGGAGACACAUUGUCAACACCUCGUGGAUGGGUUUUUCCAAAUAAUGGGAAGCAAUUGAGAAUUGGAGUACCUAUUCGGGUUGGUUUCAAGCAAUUUGUAUCACCAGAGAAAGGGACUGGUACAUUCAAGGGAUUCUGCAUAGAUGUAUUUAUAGCUGCUGUAAAUUUGUUGCCCUAUGCCGUCCCAUAUAAAUUUGUACCAUUUGGGAACAGUAGAGAAAACCCAAGUUACACUGAGCUUGUGGGAAAGAUUACAACGGGUGAGUUUGAUGCUGUUGUUGGUGAUAUUUCUAUUGUUACAAACCGGACAAGGAUAGUGGAUUUUACACAGCCAUUUGUUUCAUCAGGACUGGUUGUUGUUGCUCCAUUUAAGAAACAGAACUCUAGUGCUUGGGCUUUUCUGCGGCCAUUUAAUCCUCUCAUGUGGACUGUCACGGCUUGUUUCUUUCUUGUUGUUGGAAUAGUUGUUUGGAUUUUGGAGCACAGAAUAAAUGAUGAAUUUAGGGGCCCUCCUAACCAUCAAGUUAUAACUAUUCUAUGGUUUAGCUUCUCAACUAUGUUUUUUGCCCAUAGAGAGAACACUAUGAGCACCCUUGGUCGAUUGGUGUUAAUUAUAUGGCUCUUUGUGGUUUUGAUAAUCAACUCAAGCUACACUGCAAGUCUGACAUCAAUUCUCACAGUUCAGCGGCUAUCUUCUCCAAUCAAAGGAAUUGAAACCCUGCAAGAAAAUGAUGAUCCAAUUGGAUUUCAAGUAGGUUCUUUUGCAGAACAUUAUCUAAUUGAGGAGCUUAACAUAUCUAAGUCUAGGCUUGUUCCCCUUGGAUCACCUGAAGCAUAUGCUAAUGCACUCAAACUUGGUCCAACAAAAAAAGGGGGUGUUGCUGCAUUGGUUGAUGAACGUCCGUAUGUGGAACUUUUCCUUUCAAGCCAUUGCUCAUUUAGGAUUCUAGGUCAAGAGUUCACCAAAAGCGGAUGGGGUUUUGCUUUUCCGCGGGACUCUCCUUUAGCUGUUGAUAUGUCAACUGCAAUUUUAGCACUUGCUGAGAAUGGUGAUCUGCAGCGCAUACAUGACAAGUGGCUGCAGCAAAGCAGUUGCAGUUCAGAUGGUACUGAGAUUGAAUCAGACCGACUUCAUCUAAGCAGCUUCUGGGGCCUCUUUUUGAUCUGUGGCAUUGCUUGCUUCAUUGCUCUAUUAGUAUACUUUCUGCAGAUAUUUCAGCGGUUGGGCAAAGUUCCACCACCAGAAUCUGCUUCACCUGAGGGUAGUACCUCCCGCACCGGGCAUCUCCACAGAUUGCUAUCCCUAAUGGAUGAGAAGAAAGACCUAUCCAAAAGCCAUGGUAAGAAAAGAAAAGUUGAGAGAUCAUUAUCUGACGACAUUGAGUCGAGCAUGAGGGGGCAGUCCAGAAAUAUGCAAACGUAAACACCACCGGAGGCAACAUCAAUUUGAGCAUUUAACUCAGCAGCAUCCCUCAGAAUUCUGAAAUCCUAAAUUCUUAGUUGUAUGAAAGUAUGAUCACAUACAACUCACACAAUACUCUUAACUGUUUAUAUGUCUUCAGUUUAUUAUUUCUCUAGGCAUGCAAUAACCAAUGCAUUUUCACAGCAAGAUUUAGCUCAUAAUUUUUCAACCUCUGGACAUUUGAUCAUUCUCUUGAUUCUAUUAUCUCAGCCUUAGAACUUAGGAUUUUAC